AUGCGGAAGAAAUUGAGCGUGUUGAAGAAAGCUGCAGAGACUCGUUUCAAAACAUUUCUGGUUGCAUAAAAAAUGUACCUGCUAGUUAAAAUGGUUAUGACAAGCCGAGCCUAGUAGUUCAGAAAAUAGUCAAACCAUGACUUAGGGAGGCACAUUGUUUACUAGCCAGGCCAGCUGUCGAUGAUGUUUUGCUGGCAAUGAAUAAUUAGCUAGCUAACGUUUAAAAUCACCCUUUGCCGCACCUGCUAGCUAAUUGGAAAGUUUCCCCAAGUGAAUGGGGAAAUGGACCCUACAACAGUUUCAGGUCCCCAUCUCCCUCUAUCCUCCCUGCGUCUCCUGGUGCCACCACUACGUCUGAUGUCUGCAUCCAUGUGGCAAGUGGCACAGCAGCGUAACGUGAUGCAGUAUGGGAAGCUGGAGGAGUUUGUGACUCUGGUGACAGAGAUGGUUCCGGAGCUCCUGACGCUCAAGCAGAGGGUCCAACUCAUCCUGGGACUGAGAGCGAGGCUGGUUCUUGAAUUGUGUCGUGGUGUGGAGUCUAACCCAGCUGGCUACAAAACUAUCCAGCCCCACCUGGACAGAAUCCAUUCAUGCACAACACAUAAAGGGAGCGAAGACAAGGAAGUGGAGGCCUCAAAGGAUAACUUUGUGGAGCUGGUCCAAACUCUGCUAGAAGACUCAAUGAAGAGGGAACAUUUUUUUCAGGAGGUGUUCCCUGUACAGUACAGCACUAGGUAUGACACAGCGCUACAGAUACUGGUGUGGCAGUUCUUUGACAGACUGGAGGAGAUGCUGCCAGUGCCCAGCUUUACACAGACAGCAUCCAUUCUCAACCUGACCCCUACUGACCUGGAAGAGUGUCAGCAGUCUUUCUCUGAUCCUGAGCAUCUGAAAACACUGCUGCAGCAUCAUAGAAAUCUGGGGAACCUAAAAAAAGAUUUUUUGUUCUAUGACUCUGAUAACAUCCUGUCCACGUUGUCCUUCCUCGCUCCCUCACUGAAGUCUAACCAUACCAAAAGAGGCAUAGAAGAAGGCACGGUGAAGAACGAGAGCGAUGUGAGGAGAAAGGGAGAGAAGGAAGAGGCUGAAGGACCGAAAGAACAGGAGAGUGGCGAGGAGGGACAGCAAGAUGUCAGUGGGGAGGACCAAGAUGCCAGUGAGGGAAGUGAUGAGGGCGCUGAAAGACUGGAAGAGGCUGGGGAAUCCUCUGGGAAUUCUGGGCAGCAGAAACAGCCAUCAUUAGUGGCCAUCAAUGGACAAGCUAAAGCCAAGCCCCCCCAGUCCCAGGGCUUUUCCUGCUCACAGUGCCAGUUCUCCAACAGGAGAUGGCUCACCCUUCAGAAGCACAUCAAGAAGAACCAUCCAAAGGAGGACAGUGGGAUCGUGGACUCUGGAGAAGCUGGAGCUGAGAACAACGUCCUGCCUGUCAGUGAGACAGAAAGCUCCUCGGCCAAGAAGACCAGGAAGAACAGGUACAUCUGCUCCCAGUGUGGGAAGGGUCACAAAUGUUCAUAUGAACUGAGACGACACGAAACCGUUCACUCUGAGGUGAAGCCCUUCCAUUGUGACCAGUGUGAGAAGAGAUACAAAACAAAGGUGGCUCUAAAACAACACCAUCGAGUUCACACUGGAGAAAGGCCAUAUGUUUGCUCACAUUGUGGCAGAGGCUUUAGGUCUGCAGGAACUUUACAAUCACAUGUACGCACCCACACCGGGGAGCGACCUUUUGUCUGUUCUAUAUGUGGGAAGGGAUUUAUUCAACAUCAAAUACUGAUAGGUCACCUCCGGUGGCAUAGAGGUGAGAAGCCGUUCUUAUGUACCGUUUGUGGAAAGAGUUUUAGUACUUCAGGUGCCUUGUUGGUACACUCACGAACACACACGGAUGAACGCCCCAAAAGCUGUGAGCAUUGUGGGAAGAGGUUUAGAAGAUGUUACGAUCUCACAAUACAUCGGCGGAUCCACACGGGUGAGCGGCCGUUCUCCUGCACACAGUGCGACAAAUGCUUCACGUCCCACAGCGACCUUAGCAGACACAUGCGAAUUCAUACAGGAGAGAAACCUUACCAGUGUAAAAUGUGCGAUAGGAGAUUCACUGAAAGCGGCAACCUGAAAGUACAUCAGCGGGUUCAUCGGGGAACAGCCACAAAUGUACGGGUUUCAGUGUGUAAUAUCAGUACGGCCCACCACAAGUCACCAAAUGUGGCAAGAAAGAAGGAAAGAAAGAAAGACAAUGUGCCACCACUCCUUGUUGGACAGGAGUUGCCGUAGCCACAGUGUAUCAUGUUCUAAGAGCACACAUUUUGGAACAACGUUAUGAUUCCCGGGCCAUAAAAAUUAUAUUUUUUAUUUCAUUUAAAGUUUACUUGCAUUGUAAUAACUUUCUCAUAGUAGCAAGAUAAUUGGCUAUUUUGUGAUAGCGAGGCAUUUAAUGACAGCGUAAUAUGAUUUCUCGUAAUAUUAAUGUCAUUGGUUACUUUAUUUCUCAAGGUGGUAGCUUUUCAACACCAUAUAUUAGGUAAUCACACAUACGUAUUCACUGUAUCCUGCCCACUCAGUCACUGAAAUGAAAGCUUGUCAGUCAGGUAGGGUCAAACAUUUCAUAACGGAUUGAUACAGGAGUACUGUUAUUGCAGAAUUACACAGCAAGGUAAUAUUACAUUUUUGGUGUGGCCCUCUGGACCUCAUCGAAGACUGAAUGUGGCCCCUGAAGAAAAUGAGUUUGAGACUCCUGGUCUUGAGGGACAUUGAGCUCUGUACAGGACUAUGUUGGUGAAGAUAGUGAUGCUCGUUAGAUCUAUAGUUUGACUAGGGUGAUUUGUCUAAACCAGUGGUUCCCAACCGGCAAAACUUUUCCUCAUCUUGAUAAAAAAAAUAACACUCACUUAUAAACGUGACCUGUGGAAUGCACAUGGAAUUUUGAUUUGGGAGCACUCAUGCUGGUUAGAUAAUACAUUAAAUGGCACAUGGUUA